UCCAUGUAGCCAACAACUUGUUGGACAGGAAGUGCAAUAGCUUUUCACGAAAACUUUGGUUCAUGACAGCAAAAAUAUUAUAUUGAAAUGAUUAAACCGCCGGCCGUCCCUAUUACAUUAUUUAGUUGUUGACUGACAAAGUUAGUGGUGCUUCGAGUUUCCCAAAUAUUUGAAGUAGGCUACGCUAUGGCUACGUCUUAGUGUUAUCACUGGAGGUGAUCUGAAACAUUGGCUCUGAAUGCCUUUGAACGUGUGUGUGUUCGUGUGUGAGACGGAGAGGGAGACAGAGAGAGGAAAGAAAGGCAGAGAGAUGCGAGUAGAAGAACAGAGAGAGCAACCCCUGAUUCCACUCUUAAAUUUUUAACAGGGUUGUGGAACUUUGCAGGCUGUUGCCAUGACUCCAGUGUAUACUGUUACAAUGUCCCAUCAGCUGUUCUAUACAAGUGUAACAAAACUGAUUGAAACAUUGGAAGCUUGUCUUAUUACAAGAACAGAAUGACAGCUCGCACACGGCUCCCCGACGCGCGAAAACUUUACUAGCCUUUGGUGUAGUCUGUGCUUUGCUCUGAAAUGGAGAAUACUGGACACAAUUAGAAGAUUCAUGGCUACAGUUGGAUGUUCUUUGCCUUUUCGCCAAGAUGACACAUACCCAGAGAGAGGGCAAAGAGACUUUGCGGAGAAGGGCAAGUACUCCUAUCCCUGCCUCUCAUCAGCCGGGGCCGAGAGGCAGAGACCCGCCAGCCGACCUCCAUCACCCUCCGCUCUGCCAGUCUGCCUCAUACCAUCCCGGAGACAAGUCUCUCCACUGCCGCGCCAAUUGGUCUUCUGAUGACUCAGACAAUGACUCGGAUGGCUCGGGAGCAGAAUGUUUAUACCGCGUUGUUUUGCUAGGAGACCACGGUGUUGGAAAGUCGAGUCUUGCCAAUAUCUUUGCUGGCAUACAGGAGAAGGAUGCUCACGACCAUACAGGAGAGGACACCUAUGAGAAAACCAUGACUGUGGAUGGGGAGGAGACCAUCCUCAUCGUCAUGGACACCUGGGAGAACGAGAAACAGGAGGAGGAUGAGAAGUGGGUCCAGGACUACUGUAUGCAGGUGGGCAACGCCUACAUCAUAGUUUACUCCAUCACGGAUCGCACCAGCUUCGAGAGUGCCUCCGAGUUACGCAUACAGCUGCGGCGCAUACGGCAGGCCGAGAACAUUCCUAUCAUCCUCGUGGGCAACAAAAGUGACCUGGUCCGCUCCAGAGAAGUGGCUGUAGAAGAGGGCCGUGCGUGCGCUGUUGUGUUCGACUGCAAAUUCAUAGAGACAUCCGCUUCGCUCCACCACAACGUUCACGAGCUCUUCGAGGGCAUCGUCCGGCAGAUUCGCCUGCGGCGAGACAGCAAGGAGACUAACGAGCGCCGGCGCUCCGUCUACAAGCGUAAGGAGAGCCUCACCAAGAAGGCCCGCCGCUUUCUAGACCGCCUGGUGGCCAAGAACAACAAGAAGAUGGCGCUGAAGGUUCGCGCCAAGUCUUGCCACGACCUGGCCGUGCUGUAAUGGCUGCUGUGUGGCGUGUAACAAGUGGUUCACGCCGUCAGUGGUUGCAGACUCCAACGCUCCUUUUUCCCCUAACAAUCCCCUUGUGGUAAAGGGGAAGAACAUUGUUUAUUAUUUUCUAUUUAUUUCACCCAUUAGAAGCAAUUGGGGUGAGGAAAUUGAGACUUUUUGUUGCUAUAUCCCAGAUUUGCUGAGAAUGAGUUUACUAAACAUACACUUUAUCAACUGUUUGCCUUACAUCUAAUUAAAUAGAUUCCUAGACCAGUGUAUCCAGACACAGAUCUGACAUUUAAACUCCUUUUUCUGUCUCAUUUUGAGAAGGUUUUCUAAGAUUAUUGAGGUAUGAAAUAAUAAUUUGAAUGCACUGUAUGAUGUAUUUUUGCCAUGAGGAAAGCAAUGUCCACAGAGGUACUUUACACAGAUGUCACUGACUACUUGAUUUCAAGGUUUUGCACUAUGGGAGACAGUGAUGUAUUAGGAGGAAUCAGUGGAGCUUCUUCUACAGCAAUGAUGUUUCUCUCUACCAAGAGAGCUCAAGYCUGGUUUGAGACUGUUCUGUCUGUGAGCCCAUCAGUUCACAGCUAAAUUACAUGUGAAUGCCGAUGUUGUUUGGGAAUCGACACCAUCGUAAACUUUCCAAAAGGAUUAUCCCGUCCUCAUCUUCCUUUACAAGCACCUCCUACACUGGAAGGACCAGUAGGGUAUUACAGUGAAACUGUCAUGGUCGCUUUUGAAAGGCUUGGUCUGAUUGACCACUGUCAAGAAACACCUUUGUAUGAUGACAUGGUCCUGAAGAGACCAAAGAAGUGUUGAGUUCUUCAAUGUCAGUGUUUGUGUCCACGUUGGGCUUGAGAGAGGUAUAAUAAUCUCUUUUGUACAAAAUUGUGUUUUGAGUUUGUAAAUACAGUAUGUGAAGGAUCUUUAUGUGGAAAUAAAGGAGUAGGAAAAGUAUUACCACUUCACCAUUGUCUGCACUGGAAUGUAAGGUCUGUUACAUUUCUGUAAGCAAUGCCUUCAGAGUAUUAUUAAAGGAUCAAAAUGA